AUGCAGAAAUACGAGAAACUGGAGAAGAUUGGGGAAGGCACCUAUGGAACAGUGUUCAAGGCCAAAAAUCGGGAGACUCAUGAGAUUGUGGCUCUGAAACGGGUGAGGCUGGACGACGAUGACGAGGGCGUGCCGAGUUCUGCCCUUCGGGAGAUCUGCUUACUCAAGGAGCUGAAGCACAAGAACAUCGUCAGGCUCCAUGACGUCCUACACAGCGACAAGAAGCUGACUUUGGUUUUUGAGUUCUGCGACCAGGACCUUAAGAAGUAUUUUGACAGCUGCAAUGGUGACCUAGAUCCUGAAAUAGUGAAGUCAUUCCUCUUCCAGCUGCUGAAAGGCCUGGGCUUCUGUCACAGCCGCAACGUGCUGCACAGGGACCUGAAGCCUCAGAACCUGCUCAUCAACAGGAACGGGGAGCUGAAACUGGCUGAUUUCGGUUUGGCUCGUGCCUUUGGGAUCCCCGUUCGCUGUUACUCAGCUGAGGUCGUCACGCUGUGGUACCGCCCACCUGAUGUCCUUUUUGGGGCCAAGCUGUACUCCACGUCCAUCGACAUGUGGUCAGCCGGCUGCAUCUUCGCAGUGGCCCUUGACCCCAUGGACACACUCCUGGGGACGCCAACCGAGGAGCAGUGGCCUGCCAUGACCAAGCUGCCAGACUAUAAGCCCUACCCAAUGUACCCGGCCACAACGUCCCUGGUGAACGUCGUGCCCAAGCUCAAUGCCACAGGGCGGGACCUACUGCAGAACCUCCUCAAGUGUAACCCGGUCCAGCGCAUCUCGGCGGAGGAGGCCCUGCAGCACCCUUACUUCUCCGACUUCUGCCCCCCCUAG